AUGCGAUAUUCUCAAUUUUCUCAGGGCAAGUCACUAGCCCGUAGGUCUUGGACCUGCAUUAAUUGUAGGACAUAUUCCUCUGCAGGUGCCCAAGUUCGGAAGGGCAAGAACAACCUCCCCGAUACACCUGCGCGAACGCGUUUCGCGCCUUCACCGACUGGAUACCUGCACUUGGGGUCUUUGCGAACUGCGCUAUUCAAUUAUCUUCUUGCUAAGCGAACUGGUGGACAGUUUCUGCUUCGAAUUGAAGAUACCGAUCAGAAACGGACAAUCCCCGGGGCUGAACAAAGAUUAUAUGAUGACUUACGGUGGGCUGGACUUCACUGGGAUGAAGGACCUGUCGUUGGUGGCGCAUAUGGACCUUAUAGACAAUCUGAACGAACCGCCCUUUAUCGAACCCAUGCUGAUGAAUUAAUCACCAAUGGCCCUGCCUACCGAUGUUUUUGUUCCUCUGAGCGACUUGAUUCCCAUGCGCGUCACCGAAGUCAAGCAGGACUACCCCCAGGAUACGAUCGCAAAUGCGCAGACAUAUCCUCUGAAGAAUCAGACGAUCGGGCCCACAAGGGGGAGACACAUGUCGUCAGACUCAAGGUGGAAGGGUAUCCUAUGUUCAACGAUUUUGUCUAUGGCAAGACCGGGCAAAAUAAGCCAAACACAAGCAAGAUGGACUUUAUCGACCGUGUACACGAUGAUCCAAUCUUGAUGAAAUCGGACGGACAUCCCACAUACCAUCUGGCCAACGUCGUGGAUGAUCACUGCAUGAAGAUUACUCAUGUGAUUCGAGGAACUGAAUGGAUGCCAUCUACUCCUAUGCAUAUGGCACUGUACAAUGCAUUCAAGUGGACUCCUCCCAGCUUCGGUCAUGUUCCUCUGCUAGUAGACAAGUCUGGGCAGAAAUUGAGCAAACGUAAUGCAGACAUCGACCUCUCGUCGUUCAAGGACCAGCAGGGAAUCUUCCCUGCUACUUUGCUUAACUUUGCUGCCCUUCUCGGCUGGUCUCAUUCGCAGAAAUCCGACAUUUUCAACUUGGAAGAAUUGGAACAAAUUUUCAACCUGAAAAUCACCCGUGGAAACACAGUCGUUGCCUUUGAGAAGCUAUGGUUCCUUCAAAAAGCGCAUGCCCAACGAUUCGCCACGAAUGGGGGCCCUGGUUUCGAGGAUAUGAUUAAUCGAGUGCGUGCCAGUGUGGAAGAGACGCACUCACAAGAAAACAUUGCGCCAAUUCUGAAAGGCCGUACCCUCGAAGAGUAUAUCACGCCCCUAGUCCGUGCCGACGCCAAGUCCUACACAACAGCCUCGGAAUUCAAGGAGCGUAACUCAACCUUCUUCACCACAAAGCUCGACCGAGCUCCCUACACAUCGGCUUCUACUAGCACAUCCACAUCCCCAUCUCCAGUCCCAAUGCAAGCUCUGCAUACAGCCGCAGCGGCUCUGACUCUUGUCCCACCCAUCCACUGGAAUAUCGAGACACACCGUUUCAACAUUAACUCGUACGAUGGAUCUGAUGCAGUGGCUCUUUCCUCUGAGACAACAGGAUCAACGGAGAAGGUUUUCAAGAAAGAGCUUUAUCACUACCUCCGCUGGGCCUUAUCUGCCUCGGCACCUGGCCCCGGUAUUCCGGAAACUAUGAGCAUUCUUGGAAGGGAUGAGACUGUGCGCAGAAUUCAAGAUGCGAAAGCGCUUACGCAAGAUCUUGUUCAAUAUGUUGGCAGACGUGUGCCGAAGGGUUCUCAGACUAUGGGUGAUGACAAGAGCUGGAUGGGUUCGCUGGCUGGUGGUCAGUAA